CAACUGCGGGAAUUUAAAGUUGCACGAUUUUCACGAAAGUCAUGCUAUACACAGAACACAUAGAUUUAUCUAGCUAAACGUAAUGUCUAUACUGAGGAAAACGAAGAUGUCUUCAAAUACAGCAAUUUAUUUGAUCGUGUGUCUCGUCGUUUCGCUGUUGAUAAGUGCAGACGGAAAAAAUAUAUGGGCACGACCCUCGUACGCCCAGCGAGAUGGAACUCUCAACAAGCCCACGGAUAGCUCUGCUUCCAUAUUUAAUCUACAGCCAGAUACCAAGAGGAUGGAAAAACUGAGGACAUCCAAAUACCAGCCAAACACCAGUAUCGGCAGACAAGCAUUGAGAAAAAAUGACCACGUUGAUUUUAAGAAUAUGCAUAGACUUCCUAAUAUUUUGCAGCUUGAUACAAGAAUAAGACCGGUUGAAAGAGACACGUCGAUGACAAAGAAGAGAUUUUCAUGGUUUAACCAAGACGCCGGCGCUCGGCUAAUACUUCUUCCAAAAUACAACAACAGAACAACUGGAGGAACCGUAUUGUACCUGUGAUACAUGACAUUUACACUACAUGAGAGGGUUGUUGAUUGGAUAAACGUAAUGUUGUAACGUUUAUGUUAUUAUUUAUGAACUACAAAGUCGGCUGUUAAUGAAUAAAGUUGUGUGAAUAUCA